GCGCGCGGCGUCCCCGCGCCCGCAGCGCCCGGGCCCGCGCCCCCCACGCCCCCGCGCCAGCAAUGGCAGCUGCGGCCUCGGCGGCUCCGGGCCGAGCUAUACCCGGGACGAGGAGGGGCUGAGCCGCGGGGGAUCCUGGAAUCGGCGGGGAGGUGGGGAUUCUGGGAGGAAAACUCCAUUUCCUCCUUCCCCGCCGGCCUCUCCCCUCCACCCCGGCACCCCAAAUUUCCAUGUGUCGUCUCCCGGGCGCAGACCGCCGGUGUUAAGCGAGGCGGCGGCCGCGGCUGGGAAAAUGCUGGGCAUGUACGUGCCGGACAGGUUCUCCCUGAAGUCCUCCCGGGUUCAGGACGGGAUGGGGCUCUACACGGCCCGCAGAGUAAGAAAGGGUGAAAAGUUUGGACCGUUUGCUGGAGAGAAGAGAAUGCCUGAAGACUUGGACGAAAAUAUGGAUUACAGGUUGAUGUGGGAGGUUCGUGGGAGUAAGGGAGAAGUUCUGUACAUAUUGGAUGCUACCAACCCACGGCACUCCAACUGGCUUCGCUUUGUUCAUGAGGCACCAUCUCAGGAGCAGAAGAACUUGGCUGCCAUUCAAGAAGGAGAAAACAUUUUCUAUUUGGCAAUUGAAGAUAUAGAAACAGAUACAGAGCUUCUGAUUGGCUACCUGGAUAGUGACAUGGAGGCCGAUGAAGAAGAACAGCAGAUUAUGACGAUGAUCAAAGAAGAGGAAGGUAAAAAUUCUAAAGGACAAUCAACAGCUGGCAGAAAAGAUCGCUUUGGCUGUAAAGAGGACUAUGCCUGUCCCCAGUGUGAAUCGAGUUUUACCAGUGAGGAAAUUCUUGCUGAGCAUCUUCAGACAUUGCACCAGAAACCCACAGAGGAGAAAGAAUUUAAGUGCAAGAGCUGUGGGAAGAAAUUCCCAGUUAAACAGGCUUUGCAAAGACAUGUUCUUCAGUGCUCAGCGAAAAGCAGUCUGAAGGAUUCUUCACGAAGUUUUCGGUGCUCUGUUUGCAAUUCUUCCUUCAGUUCAGCGUCAAGUUUUGAGCAGCACCAGGAGAAUUGCCGGGGAGAUGCCAGGUUUGUGUGUAAGGCUGACAGCUGUGGAAAGAGACUGAAGAGCAAGGAUGCCCUGAGAAGACACCAGGAAAACAUCCACGCCGGGGAUCCUAAGAAAAAACUCAUAUGUUCAGUGUGCAAUAAAAAGUGUUCUUCAGCAUCAAGCCUGCAGGAACAUAGGAAGAUUCAUGAGGUAUUUGAUUGUCAAGAAUGUAUGAAGAAAUUCAUUUCAGCUAAUCAGCUAAAACGUCAUAUGAUCACCCACUCAGAAAAACGACCCUAUAAUUGUGAGAUUUGUAAUAAAUCUUUCAAGAGGCUCGAUCAAGUGGGUGCUCACAAAGUAAUACACAGUGAAGAUAAACCUUACAAAUGCAAGCUUUGUGGAAAGGGAUUUGCCCACAGAAAUGUUUACAAGAAUCACAAGAAGACCCACUCUGAAGAGAGGCCUUUCCAGUGUGAGGAAUGUAAAGCUUUGUUCCGGACCCCAUUUUCUUUGCAGAGACACCUGCUUAUACAUAACAGUGAGAGGACUUUCAAGUGUCAUCACUGUGAUGCUACCUUUAAAAGGAAGGACACCUUAAAUGUUCAUGUCCAGGUGGUUCAUGAAAGACACAAGAAGUACAGAUGUGAACUGUGUAAUAAGGCAUUUGUUACACCUUCAGUGCUUAGAAGUCAUAAGAAAACACAUACAGGAGAAAAGGAGAAAAUCUGCCCAUAUUGUGGCCAGAAGUUUGCCAGCAGUGGUACACUGAGAGUUCAUAUCCGUAGCCACACAGGUGAGCGUCCCUAUCAAUGCCCUUACUGUGAAAAAGGAUUCAGUAAAAAUGACGGGCUGAAGAUGCACAUUCGUACUCACACCAGGGAAAAACCGUACAAGUGCUCAGACUGCAGCAAGGCCUUCAGCCAGAAGCGAGGCCUGGAUGAGCACAAGAGGACGCACACCGGAGAAAAGCCUUUUCAGUGUGAUGUUUGUGACUUGGCUUUUAGCCUGAAGAAAAUGCUGAUCCGACACAAGAUGACUCAUAAUCCUAAUCGUCCACUGGCAGAAUGCCAGUUUUGCCAUAAGAAGUUUACAAGGAAUGACUACCUCAAAGUGCACAUGGACAAUAUCCAUGGAGAGGCUGACAGCUAAUGGGCUGCUGAGGAAAUUACCCUCAAAACCAUGUCAUGUCCAUGCUGCGGAGUGAGCUGAUGACGAUGAGGUGCUGGACCUGAUCAGGCUGAAGGUUUGUAGUCAAGCGAAACUUUAGAAAAUGGUGUGGAGAGACCUACGGUACAUCAUCCUUUCUUUUGAAAGCACUGAAACCAAAACAGGUCCUUAAAAGACUCUUUGCGUGCUGUCACCUUUUAUCCAAAAGAUGAUUGAUUAUUUAUAAGCAUUUCAGAUAUAUUAGUAUUUGUAUCCUGGAACUUUUAAAUCACUUAGCAAUAACAAAAAGAUAAGUGAUUUGGUUUAAUUGAGAAAUUAAGAGCAUGAAUAAGACAAUCAUAGAGGGAAAGACUUAGAGGCAAGCUGGAGUGCAGGUACUCACUUGGAAGUAUCUUUCUCUUCUUUUCUGCUGUAGAAGGUUAUGGCUCCUGUACUAUCCUGGGAAAAGGCCAAACUCUUACCCUGAAGUCAGGCCUAAAUAAUUUUGAAAGGUAUUCAAUAAUACAGGUAGGUUCAGAUAUGCUUUUAUAUCUUUGUAUAUUAAUAUUCAAGAUAUUUGUAUAUCUAGAAUUUCUUUUUGCUUUACAAUCACUGGCUUCUAUUAUUUUUUUUCCAUUCCCUUUUUUUUUUUUUUUUUUGGGGGGAGGUAGUUGUUGGCUAUACCGAACACUCUGUUGAUUAAUAAUCAUGAUUAACAGUUGCAGCAUAAACGUAUUCAUUGGUGAUUCAUUCCUGGGUUUACACAGGAUAGUUAAAAUGCUACUUCUAAGAAACACUUUCUAUAUCCAUUGUGUGUGUGUGUGUGUGUGUGUGUGUGUGUGCAGAGGAUCACUUUUAUGAAAUGCUUAUAUGCAAAUACAUUACUUUGUUCAAAACUCUUCUGACCUAUUUGGCAGCCAACUCAUUGGAUAAGUGUGAAUAUGGAUCACAGAAGGUCUUAUAACCUUAGGUUUUGCAUUCAAUUUUAUGUGCUGCUGCCUCUCCCAAAGCUGAAAGGGAGGGAGGAAAAGAGGAUAGGUACUGGAAAUAUUCAUUUUUUCCUUCACAAAUCUAAAUGUUGCUUGUGAAAACUCAUCUUGGGGUUGUGAAUAUAUGGAGAUGGGUAGGUAGGAGGAAAUGUGUCUAUUUAAAACCCUAAGAUUUUAUCAUUAAUAAUGAGGUUUAUUUGCAUGUACAUAUAUAAAUGCAGUAUUUGUGAAUAUAGCAGAAAUUCAAUAGCAUUUUUAUUUUGUCUAUAAGCUAUAUAAUCACUACCACAGUUGGUGUUAGCAUUGUAUUUUACUACAGGACUGUAACUAGCAGAGUUCUAUCGUAAAAUCCAAGUGAACAUUUUAAAGUUGUUUUUGAUGAAGAAAACAUAAUUUCCAUUACUCCCAGACCUCCUGUUUUAUAGUUUAUUUCUAAGCAUUUCUAGAUCUGGAAAGUAUCUCUACAGUUAAGCCGAGUUGAUUUCAGGGCCACAAGAGAGAACACUGUCUUUAAUUCUCAUCUCAUUCUUGGUCAAACGUAAACACCGUGUGAAAAGCAACAUUACUACUAAUAAAAGAAACUUGACUUAUAAUAUUAUUUCUGAUAUUCACAAAUAUAAUUUAAGGAUGAUUAAAGUUAUGGCUAAUGUUUCAGGUGUUCCUUUUUUUAAAAGUGGUGUUUCAUCAUUUUGCUGUUGUCUCAAUCUUGUGAGGUUUCCCUGAUACAAAAAAAAUCAUCAUGGUGAUUCUCCAAGUAGCAGAUUUAGAAAGGAUACAUUCAUUUAACUUUGAUCUGUCAGAAUUCAUUUAACUAGCUGAGGCACUAGUUCUUUGGAAUUUUCAUAGCCUUAACUAUCUUGGGCUCAAAACUGUGUUAUCACUGCUGGUUGUUAAUUUGUUGUAUGACAGAAUAAAAAACUAACUCUGGAGCCUUCAGUCUGGGCCAUGUCAGAAUAUUCUAGAUUUCCUAGGCCCAUGGACUAGUACAGAAUGCAAAGGGGAUCUCGUCCCAGAAUGGUGCUGCUGUUCCAGUGUCAAAGUUUACUUUCUACGUUUUUUAAAAAAAAUGCUUAACACAAUACUGUAAAACAGCAUAUAUAAAAAUGUUUAUAUUUGUUACAAAAUAGGCUUCCUAAAUACUUGGUAUAUUUAACUUCCUAACCCUGCAAACAUUUAGGCACUUAGAGUAAGUUUUUAUGCCACCUUGGCAUAUUCCAUAGCAAAAGGAAACUAAGAUUUUAGGUAAUAUUGACCAUUCUUGUGCUGAAAAUUGAGAAGGGACAUGGGACCACUGAAAUUUGAUGAUCUAAAUUAAUGUAAAGGAGUUUAUAUAGAAUAUCACUGUUUCUGACAAGAAACACUGUAGACUUACUAGGAAUUAAUUACGUAGUAAGCACACACACACAACACGCAUUUGCCUCUGCAAAAUAAUAUAAAAAUGAAAAGAAUUCCAGCUUGUCGUGGACACCUCAUUUUAAAAUUUUGUCUUCUUGGAGAACAUCAAAUAAUGCUCUAUUCCUUAAAGUUAAUUUCAUGUGACAUCUUUUACAUAAUGUUUUGACUGGCAUUCCUUUUCCCCCCAUUCUUCUACUACAGACUGUUCUUAGAGUAUAUGUACAUUUUGGAU